UGGAGUACUAUAAUAGAAGAGGAAAAAAGAAGCCCUGAGAAAUAAAACAACAGUUUACUCAGAGAAAAUCUGAUGGAGAAACAGAGAAGUUUCUCCAUUAAACCUACAAGGCUAUGGCUUUUCUCUUUCACCAUUUCAUUUUCUCUAAUCUUUUUCAUCUUUUUCUCUAUAUGGGUUCUCAACCUUCCAUUAUAUAGCCGUCAAGAAACUCAUAUUCAGUUCAACAGUAGUACUGCUACUGCUGCUUCUGCUUCUGCUUCAGUCUCUUUGAGACCCAGAUCUCCUUUCAAGAUUCAAUCUUUAACUGGUUUUCACAAAAAUUACUCAGCAACCCAAAUCAAGAACUCAAUUUUGGUGAGUACCCAUUUCAAUAGAGUUGAAAAUGAGUCCCAAGUUUCUAACUUUUCAACAUUUGAGGGAAUCUUGGAUAAGGAAAAUCAGCCACAAUCAGUGGCUUAUGAUAUAAAUAGUGAAAAAAAUUCGACCUUUUCUGGUAACCGUUCGACUAAAUCUGAAACUGUUUCUUCUAAGCGUCUUGAAAUAGAAAGUACCAAUAGUAGUAUUCCUAUUUGGAAUCAGCAGCAGCAGCAACAGCAGAAUGUGUCUAUUGUUUUGUCUAAGAAAGAAGAAGCUUCUAGUAAUUUGCUUAAGGUGGUGAAUAAGAAAGAAUGUGAUAUCACUAAAGGGAAAUGGGUUUUUGAUGAGAGCUAUCCUUUGUACACAAAUGCUUCAUGUCCCUACAUUGAUGAAGGUUUUAGUUGUGAAACUAAUGGAAGAUUGGAUAAGAAUUAUAUGAAAUGGAGGUGGCAACCUCAAGAUUGUGACAUUCCAAGGUUCAAUGCUACUCAGAUGUUGGAACUUAUUAGAGGUAAAAGAUUAGUGUUUGCUGGUGACUCCAUCAACAGAAAUCAAUGGGAGUCGAUGUUAUGCUUGUUAAUGGGAGCAAUAAAAGAUCCAAGAAAGGUUUAUGAGACUCGUGGUCGGAGAAUAACCAAAGAGAAGGGAAAUUAUUGUUUCAAAUUUGUGGACUACCAAUGUACAGUUGAGUACUAUGUAACUCAUUUUUUGGUUCAUGAGGGCAAGGCAAGGAUAGGCAGCAAACGGGCGCAGACCUUGCGUAUUGAUACGAUGGACAAAGGUUCAUCAAGAUGGAGAGGGGCUGAUAUCUUGGUCUUUAACACUGCUCAUUGGUGGAAUCACCACAAGACUAAAGCAGGGAAGAAUUACUACCAGGAGAGGAAUCAAGUACAUCCUCGUCUUGAUGUUUCAACAGCUUUCGAAAAAGCCCUGACAACUUGGGCAUCAUGGAUUGAUAGACAUAUCAAUCCAAGCAAAACACAAGUUUUCUUCAGGAGUUCUGCUCCUUCUCAUUUCAGUGGGGGUCAGUGGAACACUGGUGGGCACUGCAGAGAAGCUUCUCAACCGAUCCCUGAGACUUACAGAGGCGAAUAUCCAGAGAAGAACAUAAUAGUGGAGCAAAUAAUAAGCAAGAUGAAGAUUCCAGUUACUUUUUUGAACAUAACUGGUUUGUCAGAUUACAGGAUUGAUGGUCAUCCUUCUAUAUAUGGAAGAAAACCGGGUAGCUCUUCGCGUGUUCAAGAUUGUAGCCAUUGGUGUCUUCCAGGGGUUCCAGAUACUUGGAACGAAAUGUUAUAUAUGCAUUUAGAAAGUACUAGAAGAAAAAGUUUGCCCAACUGAAACUUCAUCCUCAAAUUGAAAUUCUUUCAUUUGUUCCGCAUGUUUGAUAAGCUGUAUAUAGCUGUGAAGUUGAGGUUUGUCAAUUGUUCUCUUUUGGUGUGCCAAUUAUUAUGUCUAGAGAUGGCAAAUGGACGGAUUAAAAUAGGUUCAAAUUAAUACAACAGCAAACGUUGCAAAA